CAACAACAACCCUCAAUCUCAUCCUCGUCCACCACCACAACCACACCACCACACCCCCAAUUGAAUACAAAUCAACACAAUGACCUCCCCAGAAAAUACCAACAAACCUCCCAUAAUCCUCCUCAAAACCAAAUCCACCCCGCACGACAACUACUCCGACUACUUCCACCACCCCACCAGCAACUACACACCCACCUUCAUCCCAGUCCUCUCACACAACUUCCACACCGAGAGACUACGCUCCAUCCGCGAGCUCUUCACAUCCGGCCAAUUACUCCCUUCUCAGAAGAAUAAUGACCGAAAAUACGGCGGCUUAAUCUUCACCAGCCAGCGCGCAGUCGAAGGCUUCGGGAGAGUCCUUGCUGAACUUGACGAUGACAUCUCAGCACUAACCACAUUAAAAACCUCCUCCCAAAACCUCCCCAUCUACACCGUCGGACCCGCAACAUCCCGCUCCCUCACGACCAUCGUUGACAAAUACCUACCGCACGCGAGCAUCCACGGCGCAGAUACAGGGAAUGGAGAGGCGUUAGCGAAGUAUAUUCUCGAACACUAUAAUUCUCUUUAUACUACGACGUCGUCGUCAUCAUCAAAUCCCAAUGGGGAUGAUGUAUACAAGCCACCGUUACUUUUCCUCGUCGGCGAACAACGACGGGAUAUUAUCCCGCGGACACUAACAAAUCCUGAUCUCCCUCCCGGGGAGUAUGUUGGUGUGGAUGAGGUGGUUGUGUAUGAGACGGGGGUGAUGGAGGGGUUUGAGGAGAGUUUUAGGGGGGUGGUUGAGAGGGAGAGGGAGGUUAUGAGGAAUAAUGAUAAUACUGGGGAGGAGGGGGAGGAGGGGAAAGGGAGGGUGGUGUGGACGGUGGUGUUUUCGCCGACGGGGUGUGAGGGGAUGUUGAGGGGGUUGGGGUAUUUGGGUAAUGAGGAUGGUAGUGGUUGUGGUUGGGGGAAGGUGGAUGGGGAUGGGGAGAGGAGGAGGUUCUUUGUUGCGACGAUUGGGCCGACGACGAGGGAUUAUUUGAGGAGGGAGUUUGGGUUCGAGGCGGAUGUUUGUGCGGAGAGGCCGAGUCCUGAGGGGGUGGGGGAGGGGAUUGAGAGGUUUAUGAGGGAGAUGAAGACUUCCUCUUAG